AUAACCCUCUGCAAGGAGAACAUCCAACCACUGAGACAUGGAAGAAAUGCCACUCAACUUGGGACCGCCCUGAGAGCACAGGAAGAUGUUGAAGCCCAGCAACUGCUCCUCCAAGAAAAACAGAAAUACGAGGACGCAAUAAAAGACUACGAAGGUGACGAUCCCCUGGAAAUGUGGUAUGAAUACAUUUUGUGGGUUGAACAGAGCUAUCCAAAGAGCGGACAUGAGUCUCACAUUGGUAAACUACUGCAGCAGUGUUUGGCGGCAUUUGAGAAAGAAACCAAAUAUCACCAAGACCGUAGAUACAUAAGAUUAUGGAUUAAUUAUAUAAGUAUGCAGAAGAAUCCUUUAGAACUCUAUCAACUCCUCUACAACAAUGGGAUUGGAACGAUGGUAGCAGACACGUAUCGAGCAUGGGCAUUCGAAUUAGAACAGGUAAACGACAACAAGCGAGCUGACGAAGUCUACGAUCUCGGCUUAAGAGCAAGAGCAGAGCCCCUAGAUGAAUUAUCCCACGCCCAUGCUAAUUUUCAAUUUGCCGUUGCCCGAAAAACCCUCGGAAGAAUGGAGGAGCGCAAUGAGGUAUCUCUCCUCGAGCAACGCCAGGCGUUCUCUUCCCUGCGGGCCAUCAAGUCCGGUAGACGUGCAACGCACGUGAGAACUGGCCAGCGUGUCAGGGAUUAUCAACCUGGAGUAGUACCUCAGGGCUCUCAAGUACCGAUUGGCAGGGGGAAUGCAAAAAUCCAGAUCUAUCAAGACGAGCCAGAACCUCUGGAGCCGCGAGGAUCCAGUAUUCUCGAUCAUGUGCCGAUUGAAGAAACUGUUCAUAAAGAAAACACCAUUAAAGCUGGACCGUGGAGCAAUGCUGGUAGAAAACAUCCGCUCAUUCCUCCAUCGGCAAAGACUUCAUUCAAAAUUCACGAGGACAGAGUUGACGAUAAUUUCGACACCGAGAAACUUCAUCUGUACCCGAAUCACGUGACAUUUUUCGAUGGCAGAAACUAUCCAGAGCAUAAGACAGUCCCAGUUUUUGUGCCUGAACAACCAUCGGCAAUGAUUACAAAAACAUUUUAUCCCAAAGAUUUAGUUUACGCAAAUAAUAUGGAUCGUAGUAUGGAGGAGAUACGGGCUGAGCGUUACUUCAAGCAGAGGAGAAUCCAGGAGAAAAUGCACUACGAAAAUCCAGAGGGUUUGAUGAAUGGGCAGAAUAUGCAGAAGCCUCAUGAGAUGGAGAGAAGGAGUUAUGGUGACGAGGGGAUUGAGAGGUUGAAAUUUGAAGCUGAGCAGAAGCGUGAGAAGGAGAGACUCGACGCUGAGCAAAGGGAGAUGGAGAGGAGGCAGGUGGAGCAGAUGGAGAUGGAGAGACAGAGAAGGGAGGAGAUGGAGAGAAUGAGGAGGGAAGAGAUCGAGAGACAAAGGAGAGAGGAAAUAGAGCGUCAAAGGCGUGAGGAAAUUGAGAGACAGAGGAGGGAAGAAAUUGAGCGCCAGAGACGAGAGGAGAUUGAGCGUCAGAGGCAAGAGGAGAUGGAGAGAGAGAGACAGGAAGAGAUGGAGCGUCAACGACGUGAGGAAAUCGAGAGGCAGAGAAUUGAAGCUGAACGAAUUGAGGCUGAGAGAAUCGAAAGCCAGAGAAUGGAGGCUGAACUCAGUCGACAGAGAAAAAUUCCACAGAAUUAUUUACAUCACACAUCAGCAAACUGCAGUCUCGAUCCCUCCAUGGAGCACCUCCUCGGACAGAGUAUCACCGUAAAUACAAAAGAAGCAAUGUCUGUUGUUCAAGAUCUGUGGCAUUCUCCAAACGAAUCCACCUCUCCCAUCGUGCCCUCACCCAUGCAACACAGAAUGCCAAAGAAUGAGGGAAAAAUGGAGUGUGCGUUUAAUGAACCCAUGGAGGAGGUGGAGGAGGAGGAAUUUGUUCUGCCUACUGGGGAUUUCAAUCCGUUUGAUAAGGGAUUAAUUUCAGGACUGUUGAGGAAGAUUAAGUUCCCAAGGGCUCAUCAUUCUGAUGGAUAUCACAGAAUGAAUAUGAAUCUGAAUAAGAUGCUGCCGUCGAGUGUUGUUACUUUGGGAACUGACACGUAUGAGAUGGAGAGAAAACUUGGAAAAGGUACUUAUGGGACUGUCAUGAAGGCAGUGAGUGGACAAACUGGUCAAGCUGUUGCUCUGAAGACUCAGAGGCCAGCCUGGGUAUGGGAGUACUACAUUGCACGUGAGAUUAAAGCGAGGAUUACAAAUCCUCACAUGCUUAGGGGUUUUAUGGAUAUAUCCAAGGCUUAUGUUACUAAUAAUGCGAGUGUUUUAGUAUCGGAAUACUCGAAAUACGGUACACUGCUGAGUGUGACGAAUCAGGUGAAAGUGGCUACUGGUAAACCACUGCAUGAGGCAUUAGCUAUAACUUUUACGUUGGAAAUGCUACAGAUUGUCGAGUACCUACAUAAAUGCCAAAUUAUUCACGGUGAUAUUAAGCCAGAUAAUUUUCUUCUUAUGCAUCUGCCGACUGAGGAUGUUAGACCAACGAUACAGUUAAUUGACUUUGGAUGCAGCAUUGAUAUGAGUUUAUUCCCCGAGGGAACUAAAUUCACGCAGAUCAUUAAGACAGAGGAUUUCACAUGCAUUGAGAUGCAGACGGGAAGACCCUGGACUUAUCAGACUGAUCUGUAUUGUCUAGCUGCAUCUGCACACUGUUUGCUCUUUGGAAAUUAUAUGCGGGUGGCACAUACUGGGGAUAAGUGGUUUAUAACUGCUAAAAUGCCUAGGUACGUCAAGAGAGCAGCAUGGGAAAUAUUUUUCACUGAAUUGUUGAAUAUCGAAUCCUGUGAAAAAAUGCCAGAUUUGAGCGCUUUACGCAGUACAAUGGAGGAGGCAUUAGCUAAUACUACGAAUUACGAUCAGAAUGUCCGGUACUUUGCUAAUGUAUUGAAUAAACGAUAACGCUUACAUAUUUUUUCAGCCAAAUGUAAAAGCAAAGUUAAACGAAAGAGGCGGUAAAUUGAGGGAAUGUGAAUUAAAUCGACUGUGCACGUACUUUGUGACGCUGGAAUAUUUCAUGUACAAUGGGAAGUUAUGAUUACUAUGAUUAUCGUGCUAUUUAUUAUCAAUGAAACAUCGAUUACGAUGAUAUAUACGGUUUAAUUAUUUUCAAAUGAAGAUCAUCAUUCAGCAGAUUUGUGCAUACUCUGAUAUAUUUAGAUUUUUUAAUGAAAAAAAAAUAUAUAUAUCAUGAGAUUUUGAACUAAACUCAUCAAUAAAUUUCGAUGGACUUUUGCGAGUUCAAUAAUCUUUUUUUGCUUUUGAAAUGAGUAAAUACGAUGGAGGACAUCUUAAUGUAAUUUUUUUUUUUUUUCGACAACCACAGAACCAAUUUUAUCUCGUGUUAUGCAAUAGUACUAUAUCAAUGGUAAAUUCAAGAAAAGUGAAUAGACGAAAGGAGUGUUUCUUUUUUCAUGAUCCAUCGUUGGAUUUUAUAAGGAAAAAUAAAUUUACAUGCUGAAAGAUUAAAUAAUUGGAUUAAUACAAUGAGUGACAAGAAAAAAUAUGAAAUAUUAGUUGGGAAUAUGCCUUAUCUUACUUUGAUAGUGCAACGAAGAUGAAUAUUUUCUAAUUAAUCAAUUACUCACGUCGCUUUUAAUUAAGGGGAAAAAGCGGGCUUUACCUGUUGAAUACGAAAAAAAGUCAAGGUGAAACUUUUAGAUUAUUCUUCUUUACUUUUAACAUUUUUAUUCUCCUCAUUUUAUGUUCCUUAUUCGUCCAGACUUGGGCAUCGCCAAGUGGCAUUCAAUGAAUUAGAAAAAAUCCUGAUAUUAUCUGCGUUGCACUGUCACAAAAGUGAGUAUACUGACUUCUCAUGUUAUAAUAGUUAUUAAGAGACAUUGUAUUAUUAAAAAUAUGAAAAUCUUAUAAAUAUAGAUAUUUACAAUAA